AUGGAAGGUGGCGACGCUGCUUGUGGCGAUGCAGGGUGCACCGUGUGCGGUGCCGAUUACUACUGCGUUGGCCAUGACGACUGGAAGCAUCCGCCUCUGGAAAAGAUGGUCGUUACCGCAGGCGCCAAAGACAUCCCAGGCAAGCGCGCCAUUCUGACCAACUUCUUGGAGCCUGGCCAGUUCAAAGAUCACUGGGCGGCUGACAUUUGUAAGGAGAUCACCAAAAUUCCGUCUGACCAGGAUACAAACGCCGGAAAAUGGCACUACAGUAUUCAGGGCACUCACAAGAAAGUGAUGAGUCUGAGUCACGAAGGAGAAUACUUGACCAUAUUGGUUACAUGGGAACCUAGCGACAAGCGCCUGCUUCCCAAGUUUGAUGACGUAAAGGUGGACUUGUGCAAGAAAGCUCUCAAUGAAGCGACGCAAAACACCCACAAGCUGGAGUAUGGCGCCUUCAACACCAAAAGCGUUCUGUCGCUCAAGAACAGACACGAUAUCGCCAUUUCUACGCCGCGUUCGACGGAUGGAGGAAGACAAUCAAAGCGUGGCAGAGCCGGAAACACGAUUGCGUUCAUCAACAUUGAGCUUGGAGACCACAACAAGGAAGUAGGUCUCUUCAACGGCAAUGGCCUCCCUCCAGCAUGA